CUCGCCACGCCCCCCACGUGGCCCGGAGCUGUCAAUCACCUGAGGGGGCGUGGCCUGCAGGUGAGCGGCGUCACGUGCCACGUGGGCCACGCCCCCGACCGACAGCGCCUCCUGCAGGCCGCGCUGGAGACGUUCGGGGGCAUCGACAUCCUGGUGUCCAACGCCGCCGUCAACCCCCACCUGGGCCCCGCCCUCGACGCCGACGAGAACACCUGGGACAAGAUUUUCCAGGUGAACGUGACGGCGGCCGCGAUGCUGGUGAAGCUCGUGGUGCCCCACAUGGAGAAAAGGGGGGGCGGGGCCAUCGUGGUGAUGUCAUCGAUCGCCGGCUACCGCCCAAUGCCGGGAUUGGGCCCCUACAGCGUGAGCAAGGCGGCCCUGCUGGGGCUGGUGCAGGCCCUGGGGCCGGAGCUGCUGCCCCGGGGGAUCCGAAUCAACGGCGUCGCCCCCGGCAUCAUCCGGACACGAUUCAGCGCCGCGCUCUGGGAGGACGAGGCCGUCCGGAAAAAGACGAUGGAGACCCUCGGGAUCCAACGUCUGGGCUCCCCGCGGGACGUGGCCGAGGUGGUUUCGUUCCUGGUGUCCCCGAGCUCCUCCUACGUCACCGGGGAGACCCUCGUGGUGGCCGGGGGGGCCCCCGCCCGCCUCUGACCACGCCCCCCUAUGCUAAUGAGAUGAUAAUUAUAUGCUAAUGAGAUGUUAA